CCUCGCCCAAUUCACUCCCCCUACUUCAUGCGUGGUAAAAGAACACGUGUCAAGAGUAAGACAGGCUUUCAGAAUAGUCUCAAAUGUAAAAAUACCUUUUAUCAUUUAAUCUCAAGAAUUUCUCCAGACAGCUGCCUCAUCAGUAGCCUAGGAUGGUUAACCAUGAGUUAAUAUUAAGUAGUACCCUCGAAAGUGAAACUAAAAUACACCCUCUGGUUUUUCGUGCGUUAUUCACGCUUUUGCUACAUCGGAGAAAGCAGAAGGACAACUAAUUGCAAUUUGAGCCAAAGAGGGAGCAAAAAAGACCAGGAAUUUAAAUUGUGUUCUGGGUGAGGAUUUUCUGCUGCAGGCAAGGCUUCCCUGACAGUAUGACCCAUCCAUCUUGGAUUCUGGGAAUUUUCUUUGUUUAUGCAGCGACCGUGCAGAUAAAUUCACCUCCGGAUCCCCCCUGUGGAAGUGGGAACCUCUGUAAAGCUCUGUGCACCCUGAGAAAUUACCUCAAUUUCACCAAUCGGAGGACAUUCAUGAGCUACAAUUUCCCGCUUAACUACACCAUCAGAGUGCAUUAUGAAGAAAUCUUCCGAUUUAACAACAUCAGCCAGCUGAGGUCCAGUGUACCUGACCUACCGGAAGAGAACCUCCAAGAGCUUUGGCUUGAAGUAUAUAUGGAGGUUCUAAAGAAGGUUCUGAAGGUGCUGCCACAGAAACACCCAUCACACAAGUACACCUUUCAUCUGGAAAAGCUAUUCAGGGAUGUGCAGCAAAUCAGCAGCUUUCAGAUGGAACAUCUAGCCCAAAUACAGAAGAUCUUGGCCAAUAUGAAGGACCCUAACACCAAAAUGUGGAAGUCAGUGAAGCCAAAGGCCCUAAUGGACAACUGCUACCGCACCAUGCACUGCCUCUUCCCACACUGCUUUCCAACUGAAAACAAGCAGGCAGACUACUGCAGUUUUCAUUACUGGAAGAUGAGCAGCAAGCGCCCGAAAAACCUAGAAGGAAGCACUUCUGCAGUUAUGGAAAAUGACAGACAGCCCCCUACCCGCCACGGGAGAAAGUAACGCAGGCUGAGCGUGUGCAUGUGCAUCUGAGAGGAUUCUGCUGUAGCGCGUCCCUCCGUCCCCCUGCCAAGCGACUUCCAGCGCCAGAAGACAGAAAGCAGAAGGCAGCCCGGAGCGCCCGCUCAUUGUACAUAUGAAAUCGUUGCUGGCGAUUUUUCCCGAAAGCUGCUUCUAACGCCCAAGCUAAAACUCCUCAGUGUACGCAGCAAUGUGCAGUAAUCUAAACCUGAAUGUCUGAGAUGCCAGAAGAGAGGAUCCAUCUCAAUGGUUUCGCGCAGCUGAAAUUCUGUAUAUUGUCAAUAUUGCAAUUUAUGCAUCAUCAGGGUUGCCAAAUCUCACACACCUGGCAUGACGCUCACGUUUUCAGACUCUCACGCAAGAAAUUGGCAAAUCUAUUUUAUUCUAUUAUAAACAUCAAAUUGGCUACAUCAAAAGCGUUUAGAUACUUUGCAAACCCUACAUACUAUUUACAUGGUAAUUAAACUGUUACAUAGGCUACAUGUAAAUGCAUGUGCAGACUUGAAUUGAAAAUCUCAAAUUGAAAAUCUCACGCCAGCCAGUUGACCAAAGUUGGCAACCCUGCAACAUGUGUCAUUCGUGUUGCGAAUUGACUGUGUUUUCAUAUAAGAUAUGAAUGUACACCGGUGUUACUACAUGUUAAGAAAUUAAUAUUCGUCGAACUUUAUCCGCCAGUCUAUUUUAUAACCGCUUAGCCUGGUUGGUGUCGCGGGGGAGCAGGGAGUCGAUCUCAGGGGGAAAGACUGCGCUUCUUGUGUUUGUGUCCAACAGGGGCCCCCCGGACCUUGGGGGGCCCACGCAAAUGCAUGGUUUGAGUGGUGAUUGACACCCUGGACGAGAUCGGUUGUGGAAAUAGUAAAUUAAUAUGUGUAAGUAGGUGAACCUUUAUUUAUUUAGAAAUGUUGCUAGUAAAAAAGUGUUUGACAUCGAUUCUGUAAAAUUCAAAAUAUGGUCUUCUUUGUGUCCUCUGUCUAUUCCCUCUUGCUUUAUUGUCGGCGACCCCUCUGUUUUCGAUUCCAUCACACUAUAAUAACACUUCGCGGCUAAUAAAUUUGUCCCUGGUUGA